AUGUCAAUCUCACAACAAGCCCCGACGCCAAUCUCGAUUACCAUUUGCGGCGACGGCGGCUGCGGAAAAUCCUCCAUAACUCUCCGUCUCGUGCGUUCGCAAUGGACCUCCGAAUACGACCCCACUAUUGAGGACUCCUACUCCAUCACUCGUAAGAUCGAUGGACAAAACUACCAUCUUUCUCUUACGGAUACGGCCGGGCAAGAGGAGUACCGCGGUAUGUGGGCAUCAUCAAACCUCGGCGCAGAUGCCUUCUUGCUCGUGUACGACAUUACCUCCCGCGACUCCAUCGACGCUCUCCAGUACUUCAACGACCUCAUCGAUAUGGAGGCAGAGACUCGCCUCGACAAUGCUGAGCGCGCAAAACGUGCCGGCCUCUCACCCUCCUCCUACCGCGAUACCGUAUCUGCCACGCCGGGCGCUAAAACCGUUCCUCCCGUUAAGAUCGUCGCCGGCAACAAAUGUGACCUUCAAGAGUCCCGCGCCGUUCCUGCGGCCAUGGGCCUAGACUGGGCGCGUCGCCGGGGGUGCGGCUUCAUGGAGACGAGUGCACGGCUCGAGGUCAAUAUCGAGGAGACGUUUGCGCUCAUUGUUCGUCGCGUUGUUGAGGCUAGGCGCAUGGCGGAGCUGGGCGUCAACGAAAACAUGGAGAUGGAUCGGAGAGGCAUGACCAAGCCGCUGAGUCCCCUUCCGGCGGGCAGCGAGCAGAAUGAGAAGCGUGGCCCCGGUGUGCGGGGUCCGAACAUCGAAGGCAAGGUUGGCAAGGCAUCGAUAUGGAGGAAGCUCCGGUGCUGGUGA